AACAAUGGCGUCAACUUCACUUCAUCAGUUAAAAACAUGCGGCUAGUUCGAAGUGUAACGGAGGUCUGCUUGUACAUACGCAAACGUCAAUCUUUGUUAGAGAUCGCGUUUUUUCUACUAUGGCGAGGGAAAUGACACCGGACCGGAUGGGUCAGACCGGUUAUAUUAAAGGGCACAUGUUUUGAAAAAUUCACUUAUAUAAUGUGUUAAAACAUUAAUACUUGUGCAGUGUCUGUAAUCAAGCAGUCUAAACAGUAAAAAAAUGUGCUCACUCCUUUUUUAAUAAUUUGCUUAAUUCAAAAACCCUGUUGGUAAAAGCAAAGAUUGAAUUCUGCCGUUAAUGUCGUCACUCAACGGCAAAGCCCGCCCAGCAGUGGUGACGAUCUGCCCUAUUUGCUUAGACACAGUCCCAUGUGGGAAGUACAACAGUCGCCAUCGUUAGAUCGUCACUGGAGCUACACAAUGUCUGCGCCACGGAGGGAACUACAGUUGUUCUGUAUUAGGAUGUACCGACCAGCAUAACUGUCUCCAUAGAAUCCCGCAAGCAGAGUUAUAGAGAACAGCAUGGUUCAAUUUCAUUUAUGAAGGCAAUGUCCCGCUGAGAAUCGGUAAAGUAUUUCACGUUUCCGCCAAUCAUUUCACGCCGGACUGCUUCACGAAUGAGGGCCAGUACAACGCUGGACUUUCAACGAGGUUGCUACUGAAACCGGGAGCAAUUAAACACUUCGUGCCCAGUCCUCAUAUCCAGCAGAAGCCGUAACGUUAAGUAUCACACCUCAUAUUGUUGCUGAUUAGUCUUUCAAAAUUGCCACUCUUAAUGGGCUUGUUAUCGCGCUAUUUUGGUCAUGUUGCUAACAAUAGAAGUACAGCGUCUAACUGUAUUUAUUGACGCUGCCCUCACAUGCUGUCGGGCUUAUCGUAAACAAUACGUAAAGUAAGUGUGACAGUACAUGAUAGAACAACGUUGAAAGCGUAGUAUAACUGUAGUAACGCUAAAUUAUACCUGCUCGACCUCCAUGCAGCAUUUAUUCUCUGGCUCUGUAGGCAUUUUACUGCAAUUCCCACACGAGCACCUGCACAGCGAUUUAUACAUUAUCAUGACGGACCAUGCUAAUGCUUAUCGAUCACUUGACGAACGUUUAUUUCACAAUAACUGCAAAAUUACAACUAACCAUUCGGAAACGUCCUGUUCAAUUCUUAAGGUUGUCACUUCUUGUGUCGAUCUCCAUCAGUGUCAGACUCCGGUUCGUACAUAUAGGGCUGAACACCACUAACAAUUACUGACAUUUUGAUGUUUUGUUUUGGCCGGUAACUUUACGCAUAAGCACGAGUUCCUGAAACUCCGCCCUCCUCUGGAGAGGGGCUGGGACGAAAAGCUCAUUAACAUUUAAAGAGAUACAAGCAAAUCGGUGCGUUUUUACACGCACUCAAAAACGGGCAACUUCAACAUUCUAUAAUAAAUGAUCCGCUGGGUAUUUUGAGCUAAAACUUCACAUACACACUCUGGGGACACCAGAGACUUAUUUCGCAUCUAGUAAAACCAUUCGAACAACCUCUCCUUUAAUUGACACUAAUAACAGAAGCGUUAGUUUUGCCUUUUUAUAUUGGACCCGAGUUGGAUAAUGAAACAAGCAGAUUGACUAGGAGAUUGCAAGCAGGACUUCAAAGGACGUUUCAUAGAAGUGUUUUAGAGGUAUGCGCACACACACACAAUAUCAGUGUGUUACACAGAACAGCUUUUACAGCCGAUGUUAAAGUCAUGGAAGCUGUUAUUUGACCGUUGGUUAUCUUAGAAUGUGUGUAGCUGAAUUCUUAUUACCAGCUGUAGGACUGUGAUGAAAGUGAAAGUAAUUAAGCGGGUUGCUCAGUCAAAUGUUUACAAUCUCUGAUAAUCAAACACUACUCCAGCGGCUCUUCCUCUUCUCUGAGGAAGGCCUCGCCCCUUUUUGUCGUAUUCCUUUGGGCGGAGGUUUUUCAAAAACUCGGAAUAGUGACAUCAUGUAGGUCUACCCGGGAAGAGGGCUGUAGUCAAUUCCAGCCGUUCUCUGUAGUCCUUGAAAAGCGAAUUCUGUUAAAGACAGUAUCUCGCUUGGCAUUUAACUUUGAGCUUUAUCCGUUUGCAGGUAUUAUUUAUGAUAUAAUAGCAAUAUUACACACUAACUAAAGUUUGAAAAAAUGCGAUCGCGGGGAAUGGGAUCUUUAAACACCAUUAUAUGCUUUGAUGGUUCAACUUUUUUUAGCUAAGCAGUGAUGAUACAUUUACAUCACAUGUCAAAUGGUUUGUUGCGCCCCCUCAAAAAAAAUGUGCACCAGACGCCACUGUCCCAAACAAUGUUGAAUUGUGUGAAAUAUCAACAAAUAUACAUUAAUAAUAAUAUUAAAUAUUUGAUUGUAUAUUUGAUGUGUGUAAAUAGCUGGUCAGUAUAUAUUUAGAAGCAAUUAUACAAACUAAGAGCAUCAACAUAAAAAAAACAUAAAAAUAUGGCUGAAUUCGAACAUAUACGUACAUAAGUAAAUAUACAAUCACUUACAUUUUAAUACUAUUAAUAAUGCUAUUAUUAAAGCACAAGUCACAUUAGCAUUAGCCUGCAUAAAAUUACAAAAAUACAUUUCUGGGUCAUUAAGGCUUUACACACUUAAAGCACUUAAUUGUUCUUAAUUUGUUCCAAUGGGUUUGUGUAUAAUUUAAACAUCUUUAAAAAUGUGACAAAAAUGGUUUAUAUAGACCCCUCUUAUUUAGUAUUAUUUUUUCUAAUAAAAUAAUUAACUGUAUAAUAUAUUGUUCUGAAACUAAAAUAGCAUUAAAGCAGAUUUCCAUUAAACAUCCCAGCCGUUUUUAUCCAUUUAUUGAUGACGAUGGCCUCACAACGGCCCGCCGCAACAGCGCCACCUACAUGACAUCACCGGCCGCUCGGCCAAUCAGCGCUCAAGCUGUGCGACACUUCCUCGGGACCGCGCGCCGCGCGUAACUAAGCGGUAGCUGAUCGCGCGGGUCGGAAGUCCGAUUCCGAGAGGGAAAAAAGAUACAAAAAACAAAACAACAUUAAAUAAACACUGUCAAAAGUUUUCGAAAAUGGAUCACGACACAGAAUAUUAACCUGCGGAUUGAUAAAGCAACGUUAGGGCUUAUAUAUAAGCGCACAUAAGGCGGAUUCAGGGGCGCUGAGGCAGUUUACGUUAACGUUAGCUAAUGUUGCUAACGCACGAGACCUCCUCACUGAUCUCUGACUUGACUUUCAACUCUAUAGCAAUAUAUAUUUCAGCUAUAAACUCCACAGUUCGAAGGGAUUUAAAAUAAAGAAGGCGGGUGUGGAUAGAGGUAGUUUUAGUGAGUUUACAGGAGGGGGUUCGUCUCGGUUUCGGCGGCCCGUGUUGUCGAGGCCUGCUGCAUGAGGAGUCCGUUGCACAGGUUAAAUAAACGAGCUCGAAAUAAACACGUUAACUCAUAAGUUUAAAACCACAUCGAUACAGAGGUGAAGAUGUCGGCCCAGGCGCAGAUGAGAGCCAUGCUGGACCAGCUGAUGGGCACUAGCAGAGAUGGAGACACAAUGCGUCAGAGAAUCAAAUUUACAGAUGAGCGUGUUUGUAAGAGUCAUCUGCUGGAGUCCUGUCCUCACGACAUACUGUCUGGAACUCGCAUGGAUUUGGGGGAGUGUGUAAAAAUUCACGAUCUUGCUUUGAGGGCAGACUUUGAGAUCGCCUCUAAACAGCAGGAGUUUUUCUUUGAACUAGAUGCCACGGAGCACCUGCAGUCCUUCAUCGCAGACUGUGACCGGAGAACAGAACUGGCUAAAAAGCGAUUGGUUGAAACCCAGGAAGAGAUCAGCGCGGAGGUCGCCGCUAAGGCGGAGCGAGUGCACGAGCUGAACGAGGAGAUCGGGAAGCUGCUGGCUCGUGCGGAGCAGUUGGGCAGCGAGGGGAACGUCGAUGAGGCGCAACAGUUGCUGGAGAAGGUAGAGAAGACUCGCACCCUGAAAAAAGAGGCAGAGGACAUAUAUCGCAACUCCAUGCCUGCCUCCAGCUUCCAGCAGCAGAAGCUGCGAGUGUGUGAGGUUUGCUCCGCCUACCUCGGCCUCCACGACAACGACCGCCGCUUAGCCGACCACUUCGGGGGCAAGUUACAUAUAGGUUUCAUCGAAAUCCGUGAAAAAUUAGAGAAACUGAGGAAAAUCGUAGCGGAGAAACACGAGCGCAUGCGGGUGAGAAGACGGGAGGAGAGAGACAAGGAGGAGGAACGAACCAGAGAGGGGGAAAUGGAGAGAGACAAGGACCGAGAGCAUGAACGUGAGCGGGAAAGAGAGAGAGAGAGAGACAGAGAGAGGGACCGUAGGAGGGAUGCAGGAAGCUCGUCUUCUCAUCGCUCUCGGCGACACCGCGAGGAUGGAGAGAGGGAGAGAGAGAGGAAACACAGACACAAAGAACACCAUCGUUCUCGCUCCCACUCGCAUAGAAGCAAGAGGAAGAGGUCAUCACACACGAGAGAUCAAGAACAAUCUCAGUCUCAGGAAAGAGGGAGGGAGAGCGGUCCAGAGGAGAAGUGGAGAGAUAACGGACGACGGGACAUAGAGAAAGAGAGAUCCCCCUCCACACCGGUCAUGAGCCAAGAGCGAGAGAGAUCCGUCUCGCUGGAGAGAGAUCAGCGCUCUAGCUCCGAGGAGAGAGAGUCAGGCGAGAUCUAGAAGAGAGAUACUUUUAAAUACUGUAGCUUCUGUUUCCCGUUCUGUACAUACACACAAACACUGAUCUGUCAAUAACCGGAUUUGGGUUUCAUCUGGUUAUUAAUACAUCAGUGAAGCCGAGCGGCUACGGAGACAAAGCCAGCACAAUGUUCCGAGCGUUUGUGAGUGAGAUCAGCCUCAUAUUUGAGAUUCAAAGAACGCCUCUGAUGUAAACACCACAACACCAAUGUGUUGCAUGAUCUAGUUGGUCUAAAUUAGUCGGCAAACCAAAAGAAUAAUUGAUGAAAGUACAGCGAGGUGGAAGAGAGUAGUUUUUGUUGAGAAGAGGAAGAUGUGGAUGAAGGAAAUACUGGCUUGAAUUACUGAACCAACACUGAAGAUGUCUUGUUCAUCCUUUUAAACUGGCAUCCUUUUUUAAAUCAUUUUGAUGUGGAUAUUAUUUUUCCCCUGGUUUAUUUUGAUAUGGAUAUAAACUCAGCUGUACUGCGCAGUAAGCAGAAUGUCAUUUUUUCCCCCACACAAACCAAACCACUCAUUUGUCACAGAACCGCACACAUUUGUAGCUUGGCUUACAUUGCGAGCAAACUGUCAUGGUACCGUUUAAAUUGCAACAUUUCUCUUUUUAUCGCUUUUUCGUUUUGCAGUGUUGAGAGGCUGUUUUGAGGCUUCUUGCCAUGCCAUUAUGCUAUGAAACAAUAA